CCCACCUUGUCGUGGUGGAGGAGCUUGCGGGCCUUUAAUUAGGUCUUACCAAGCGGUCCCACCUCGGUACUGACCUUAAGUGGUUGGUAUCGGAGCUUCCUCUGGCCUUGGCUGGCUGGAGGUGGCAGGUCGGAGGCAACCUACUCGCGAUGAGCAAAUGCCCUAAGGGAAGGAAAACCCUGAAAAAAAACCCCUCAACUCCCAACUCGUCAAGGGGGUCACUUGGCACGGAGGUAGUUACGUGUCAACGAGGAUCCUGCAGAUACCUGGCGCCCUCUGCAGUACACAGCCUUCCCCGUGGUACGCUGCUCUGCCACGGGGUGACCACCCCUUCAUGCCCACUCGUGGGAACUAUAUGGAAACUAAAAAGCAACCAGGACCACCAACUGGCCAAUUGGUGGACGGGAGCCAACCCGUUAAAUUGGACGGCCUGGCAGACGCCGUAAAGUCUGCGACGAAGGAUCGAAUUUCUAAUCGUCCUCAACCUGCUCAAUCGUCUAUCAACAAUCAGACCAAUUUCGUAAACAAGCCGAAUUAUUCAUCUCACGCCGGUAAAAUGGUCAAAGUGUUGUAUGGACGCGACUACAGCCACUAUUGCCUAACCAGAAAUAAUAAUGUUACACUGUUAUGCACGUACUUCGUGACUAAUAAAAGGGAUCAUAGAUGCCCUAAUAGAUUCAAACCAAAUCAAAAUGAAAUCUCUAAUAAUGACUUCUAUUCAGAUAAACGUAAAUUAUGUAAUACGCCUAUUAAAAAUGAACAGAUUAAAAUACAAUCAUAUGACAAAAGCUCAAAUAAAAUUAAUGCGGUUCUUGAAGGUCUAGGUUUUGUGUGUAAUAAUGAUAAAAUAUAUACAGAUCGUGCAUCACAAAUACACUGUUAUAAUGUUAAUAAACAAUAUAAUACCGGAUACGGCACAAAAACUCAUACUUCAUCUGCAAAGUCAAAAAUUCCAGUUCUUCAAAAACCAUAUGAAUCUUAUAAACGAAAAGAAAAUAGUCAAAAGUCCAUAUUACUCUCUGAACCCUUUCAACAAAAGAAUUACUACCACAAAAAUUAUGUAAGCAACAUAUUUAAAAUUACAAAAAAAUUAUAGUUUUAAAAAAUUUGCUUUCCCUAUUGCCCUCUAUUUGCUCUUGUAAAAUGAAAAAAUUCAAUUAAUUGACAACUAAAUUUUUACAAUUUUGUGGAUAAAUUGAGAACAAUUUUUACUUUGUUUUUUUAGUUUUAUUUUUUUUUAAAAAUUCGUAAUUUU